AAAUGUUUUUAUCAUAAAUCAGUAAAACUGGUUUCAUCUGCAAAUGAUCCGAAUCUUUUCUCUGAACUUUAAAGAUCAAAUGAAUCAGAAUAAAAGAACCGGUUCACACCUGAACCAGUUCUCAGACCCAUUAGAGCAUCUUUUGCUUCUAAGGUCUAGUCAAAGUACGGAGUGCCUCUGAUCUCUACGGCCCAUUCACACCACCAGAACCUCCGGGGUUCUGAUGAUCCGCAGGUUAAAACCGGCCCAGCAGAACCUCCUGUCCGCAGUCCAGCAUGGACGGAACCAGAGUGUCGGACUUCAGCAUCGAGCGCAUCCUCUCCCCGCAGCUGGGCCGGACACAGCCGGAACCGGCUCCGGACGGGUACCUGCGGGGCGGGUUCAGCCUGGAGGCAGCCGGGUCGCGGGCUCCUGGCCAGGUUCCGGUGGUCCCGGUCCCGGUGUUCUGGAUGUGCUUCGGAGAUGGGUUCUGUUCGUGCUCAGUCGCGUUCCAGCAGGCGGACAUCAGCUUCGGUCCAAACCCUCCAGGUGGGUCAGAACCUCCACUCCUCCGUUCUGGAUCAGAACCAAACUUUUAGAAACCAACUGUUCCGUGUUUGUCUCUGUUUGGACCGCAGGCGGUUCUGACGCGGCCCAGAGCGGGUCCAGACUGAAGGUUCGGAUGAGGACGGUGUUCACCGACAGCCAGAGCCGCCAGCUGGAGGCGCUGUUCCGGCUCACCGACUACCCGGCGGCGGAGGCCCGGGCCCCGCUGGCCCGCGGCGCCGGGCUGAGUGAGGAGACCGUCCGGGUUUGGUUUAAGAACCGCCGCGCCCGGAGGAAGAGGCAGCGCAGUGGGUCAAAGGUCAAAUCGCUGAGUCCGUCACUGAAUGCCGCAGCAGCGCCAUCAGAGAGGAAGACCUGCAGCUCCUGCCUGUGACCCCUGUGCUGCUGCUCAGCUGGUUCUGAUCCAGAGGCUCUGGGCCGGGUCACCAUGAGAUGUUUGAGGACAGUUUACUACUUUUCUUCCACAUAAUUUAU